AUGCAGAAACCCCAGAGGUUGCGAUUCGGUAAUCUGCGGCAAUCGCCAGAAGACUUCGAUCGUUCCGAGUCUGAGAAAUUCAAGGACCCCGUGCUUCUUCCAGGACUACAUGAACCUCAAGAAGGUGCCAUUUCCCACUUGCGUUGGCUGUCCCAUCCUUAUACCGCGAACACAAUCCACGAUCUCUGUCUGCGGCCGAUUCAAAGAGCAAAGCAUCUGGGCUUCAUGUCGACGCUGGCGUGCCACAGGAACCCCCAGAUUAUGCCAGAUCAAGGCAUCUCUCGACCAACUCUUGAUAUAUCGGGAGCUUUAUGCUCACACAUCCCUCUAUACUUUGCAGCAUUGCCAGCCGCUAGGUCCGAAAUGACCCCGGCUGCGGCAUCUAGGCUCCUGUACAUCUCAAGUUGGAAGCUCCAUUCGGAGACCUCACAAGAGGAGCCCAAGCUACGGAAGCUUCUCGGUCAUAUCUCCAUAUACGACAAGACUAGAAAAUUCCCUCACACGGCAUCAGACUCGUCGAAGGAAGGACCCGACACUAAAACGCCCCCAUACCUUGCAUAUCAAGUACCUUCGUUCAAAGCAUUCCAGGCUGCUAUCCAGGACCAAUUGGCUAACUUGGCGAAAAUUGCUCCAGCCUCAACUCUGUCCGGCACAGAUCUCUCUGAAAUUGGGCAAGAGGAGGAGGAGGAGGAGGACGACGACGACGACGGAAGCGAUUAUGAUUCAUAUGACGGCGAUGAGUGGACCGAUGAAGACACGUCAGCGGACAGCGAUGAAUCAUUCACAGAUACUGAGAGCCUGGAGGGACCAUGGUCGGAAUGCACCAGCCCGACUGAAGCUUGCAGCGACGAGGAAGAGCAUUCGGAUCAAUGGGCUAUCCGACCCGUUCCAAUAACGAUUCAGCCACUAGCCUCUUGA